AUGAGUCAGGAGUAUUUCCCCGGCCAAGGCGCCUCCUCUGCCGGCGAGGGUUCGUCCAGAUAUCCUCCGUCACCGCCGCCGCCGCCCGAGGAGCGUUCGCCCGCGAACGAGAGCACUUCGAUGUUUCCGACGCCCCCGCCUGCAUACAUGACCGUCGGUAAUGGCGUGACCUCCGAGUCCGCGACCGCUUUGAUGGCCUCCCUGCAUCAGGACUCCGGCUACGGCGGGAGUAUUCCUAGUGGGAGUGUGAUGGAUGGUGAUGCUGGUGCCGACUGGAGGGCCGAUUUGAUGGUCGAUAGACCCACGCCUAUGCAUACCCCUACGCAUUUGGGGCAGUGGAAUCCGGCUGCGGAGCACGAGAGACAAGUCGUCGCUAGCCAUGUUCAUCAAUUAUUAUACAACUCGAACCGGACUAAGCUCGCUCGUGCGAUCUCGCGCACCAUCGAAACCCUUAAGGAACUCCAGGACAUGAACCGCCAAUGGCCCGCCCACUAUCCCUCCGCUCAGAGCGCCCCCGGCUCCCCCGUACCCAAGCCCGCGUUGCAGAAGAGACAGUCGUAUUUCGGAGAUGCGAGCGCGGAUGCGGAGGACUUCCCCCGUCCCGGUGCGAUCAGACGCGCCGCCACCAUGACCGGUGGCGAGGAUCUGGCCGAAUCGAGUGCUGCCGCGGAGCGUCACGUCCCGUCGGAACCGAGGUUGAUGAGCCCUCAGAUCGCUCAGGAGUUUUCGAUUCUCAAGCUGGAUUUGAAGCUGGGUGCUCUGUCGCAGGCCGAGCUGGUACACUCGCUGGAGAAGGCAUCGAUUGCCUCGCUGUUGGAUGGCAAGAUCAGUCAGAGCAUUAAGCAUCUUCUGUCGCUGCGCGAUCGAAUUGAGGACACGUCUAGCAAGGUCUUGAUCACUGGUGAUCUGAACGCAGGAAAGUCGACGUUUUGUAACGCUUUGCUGCGUCGCAAGGUCCUCCCGGAGGACCAGCAACCCUGCACGAGUAUCUUCUGUGAGGUUCUCGAUGCUCGGGAGAACAGUGGUGUCGAGGAAGUCCAUGCCGUGCACAAGGACGUGCAUUACAACCGCAACGACGAGAGUACCUACGAUGUGUAUGGGCUUCAUGAGCUGGAGAACAUUGUCAUCGAUAACUCCAAGUACAUGCAGUGCAAGGUCUACGUGAAGGACGUGCGGACGAUCGACGAAUCUCUUCUCAACAACGGCGUGGUGGAUAUUGCUCUGAUCGAUGCUCCCGGUCUGAACUCGGACUCGCUGAAGACGACGGCGGUUUUUGCCCGACAAGAGGAGAUCGAUGUUGUCGUUUUCGUGGUUUCUGCGGCAAACCAUUUCACUCUUUCGGCCAAGGAAUUUAUUCUUAAUGCUGCUCAUGAGAAAGCCUAUAUGUUUAUUGUUGUGAACGGCUUCGAUCAGAUCCGCGACAAGCAGCGCUGUGAGCGGAUGAUCUUGGAUCAAAUCGGCAAGCUCAGCCCUCGCACCUACAAGGAGGCGGCCGAGCUUGUGCACUUCGUUUCGAGUAAUGCUAUCCCUGUCGCACCCCCCGUUUCGGUUGAGAGCUCGGGCGGUGGUGGUGGUGACGAUGAUGAUUCGGAUGAUGAGGAUUAUAAGCCUAAAGGAAAGGAUAAGGGCAAGGGCAAGGAGAGGCAGAAGAUCCAGGACUUUGAGAACCUGGAGGGCUCUUUGCGGCGCUUCGUUCUCGAGAAGCGCUCCCGUUCCAAGCUUGCUCCGGCCAGGACCUAUCUGUUGAACCUGCUCGCAGAUAUCAACUCGUUGGCCUCGGUGAACCGCGACGUCGCCCAGACGGAGCUUAAGCGUGUUACGGAUGAGCUGGCGGAGCUGGAACCGGCAUACGAGGAGGGUAAGAAGAAGAAGGUUGAGAUUGGUGAUCAGGUCGAAAAGCUCGUCGACGAGUCUUGCGAUGAUGUCUACAACCACACACGGUCUACUCUGGGUGAAACCAUCGCUCGUGUUUCGGAAGCCGACCUGGGUGUUGAAUACCCCGGCGUUUUCUCCGCCUUCCAGUAUGCCGAGGACCUGAAGGUGGCCAUGUUGGAGCAGAUCGCGGCGUCCGUGACCGACUGUGAGGACUACGCUCGCGACAAGACGGUGAAGGGCGUCGGGUUUAUCCAGAACAUCGGUCUCCUCCACGUCGGAGAAGACAAGUUUGCCCCGUUGAACUUCCGCGCCGAUAUGAUGUUCCGCCGCAGUCGUCGCCACACUCUCGCCCGGCAAGUCCACACGGAGGUGGAACUCUGGGACUUCUUCGACAUUUCGGGCAUCUGGGAGCGGCAAGAGAAGGUGGCCGGUACAGGCAUGGCUAUGACUGCCGUGACUGUGCUUGGAGGCCGAGCCUUUGGUGGAGCCAGCUGGAUUGACAGCGUGUUCAGCGCUGCUAAGUUCCUGGGGCCGAACAAUCUGCGUCGCCUGUUCAUUCCUGGUGUCAUGGCAGUUGCCGUUUUGACUGCCGCAUGGAUGGUCUCGUCUAUCCCGACGACCCUCCCUCCUCGCCUCUCGCGCAAGCUUGCCGCCACCCUCUCCGAGAUGGACUACGUCCACUCCAACGCCACACGCAUUUCUUCCGAAGUCCGCCGCAUUCUGCGCCUCCCGGCCGGAAACCUCCAAACAAGCCUCGCCCAAGACAUCGAAGACCUCGGCCGACGCAAGCACGAAGUCAGCAAGACCAAGCACGAAAGCGAAGCGGCCUGCAAGUACUUCUCGAAUCUGUUCCGCGAGAGCGGCGAGAACCGGACCUCCGUGGACAACAUCGACCUGGAUGCCCCCCUCCCGGGCGCCCUAGCCGCCCACGCAUAA